AUGGCUUCCACACAGCAAAGCAAGCCUAAAAGCGAGUUGAAAGAAGGUGAAAUCAACGAGUAUGGCCUUCCUCACAACCCCCGAGGCCUGGGAUAUAUUUCGCAGGGCUUCCCAGCGCCAGGCUUACGUCGUAAUGUACGACAUAUCACUGGUCAUGACGCGAAUGGCAAAGCCGUGUUUAAAAGCACAGACUGUGGUGACCAUCAUCUCAUCAUGGGCGAGCAGCAAGGCCUCUCAAACAUCAUGUAUUCGACCCACGAAACCCCAGUGGACAUCAAUGACGACGUUGACAUCAAGUAUGCAAAAGAGAAUCUGCCGCCUCUCCAUUACCAGCAUGGUACUGUGCUUCGUAUGAUUGACUUCGCACCAAACGAGCUAUCGCCCAUGCACAGGGCUGUUUCCAUAGACUACGGUGUUGUAUUGGAUGGUGAGUUCGAGCUGAUCCUCGAGUCGGGAGAGCGGCGUAUCAUGCGACAGGGAGACAUCUGCAUUCAACGUGCUACAGCACACCAAUGGCACAAUAUAUCUGGCGGGGGGAAUCUUCCUGGCCGGGUGAUGUGGUUUUUGAUCGGAGUUAAGGAUGUCAUUGUGAAUGGAGAGAAGCUCGAGAGUUAUUUAGGGGCAUUGGGUAUUUACUAUAAGGGAGAUGCGGAUGAAGGGUCAGGCAAAGAGGCGACAGAAGAGACCGUCUAAGCACCAGGGAGGGCGAUGAGGAGAGUACAAAAUUAGGUACCUGUCAUAUUCAUUCAUAGUAGGAGGUAGGUAGGGUUAUACGAAGCUACUGAGCCCGAUACGUGAAGCUUCCACCAUACCUUACCCGUUUGUGAGUUAGCCUUCCGUCCUUUUUUGAAAGCUCUUCUUCAAUUUUCCAAAACCGAACAUUCUCCAUAGUAUUGAAUCCUAGUAGGUACCAGGUAGUUAGUCUCGAC